AUGGCCACGGGCUUCUUUUGUGGCGUAGAGGACCUGCUGGCAUCUGGAAGUCAAUUAGUAUGGACUGUUACUGAACAAGUGCUGAGAAGGUGCUACAGUGAUGGUGUAGUGCCAUGUAGGAGACUUCUUCACACUUGGUUUCAUACUGGAGAGGUGUGUCAGAUGACGGAGGGCCGGCAGUGCCAGGUGCUUCUGCUGGAUGAAAGACAGCUGGAACUGCUGGUCCAGCCAAAGCUGCUGUCACGUGAUCUUCUGGACCUGGUUUCAUCCCAUUUCAGCUUGAAGGAGAAAGAGUAUUUUGGGAUUUCUUUUACAAAUGACAAUGGUCAGACCAACUGGCUGCAACUGAACCGAAGAGUACUGGACCACAACUUCUCCAAGAAGCAGGGGCCACUUGAGCUCAAAUUCCAUGUUAGGUUUUACAUUGAUCAUAUUACAUAUCUGAAAGACACAACCACAGUGGAGCUGUUUUAUUGGAAUGCAAAGACAUCUGUCUACAAUGGGAACACUGAGCUGGAGAGCGGAACUGUGUUUAAGUUAGCGGCAUUCGUGCUACAGGAGGCAAAAGGGGACUACACAAGUGAUGAAAAUGCAAGAUCGGAUCUGAAAAAGCUCCCAGUGUUUCCUACAGCUGUUUUAAAGGAGCACCCAUCGCUAGCCUAUUGUGAAGACAGAGUGAUUGAGCAUUAUAAAACACUCAGCGGGCUCGGCAGAGGAGAGGCUAUCGUACAGUAUCUCUUGCUCGUGGAAUCAUCACCUUCAUAUGGAGUUCAUUAUUAUGAAGUAAAGGACAAACAAGGGAUCCCUUGGUGGUUGGGAAUUAGCUACAAAGGCAUUGCCCAGUAUGAUCAGCAAGACAAGCUAAAGCCCAGGAAGAGCUUUUACUGGAAGCAGUUGGAGAAUUUAUAUUUUCGUGAGAAGAAAUUUGCCGUUGAGGUCAACGACCCUCGAAGAAAGGCGACUUCUAAAUCCACUUUCGGCCAGUCUGGGCAAACUAUCCAUGCGUGGUAUGCCAGCCACUCACUGAUUAAAACUAUUUGGGCUAUGGCCAUCAGUCAGCAUCAGUUCUACCUGGAUUGCAAACAAAGCAAAGCUAAAAUGACCACAGCUAAGAGUUUGGGAGACAUUGCCAUGGACCUUACAGAUUCUGGAGCCCCAAGGAAAAGUAAGAUGGUGAGCAUGGAUAGCAAAGACCAGCUCAUCAUGGCCAGCAAUGGAAGCUUGGUCUCAGCAGAUUCUGCAGAUUCUGAGGUUAGUGAGGAGCUAAAGAAAGAGAAGCUCGCUAAGCUAAAGAAGAAAGAAAAAAGCCUUCAGGAUCUUCUGAAUGAGAAGCUGAAUGAGCUAAAGACCAUUUGUCUAAAAGAAGCAGAGCUGACUGGUAAAUUACCUAAAGAAUACCCUUUAGCUUUAGGAGAGAAGCCUCCUGCAGUAAGAAGACGUGUAGGAACUGCCUUCAAACUGGAUGAUCUUUUCCCUUAUAAUGCAGACCCUCACUUAAGAAACUUAGAAAGUCGGUUCGCUCUUCAACAGAAGAUCGUAGAAGCUGCAGAGAAGCUUGCCAACGAUACAGAAAUCACUAAAACCGUAAAGAAGAAACGAAGGAGCAAUUAUCUGGAUGCUAAGAGGAAACUCCAAGACAUCAAGAAUGAAAUUAAUGAGUACAGAAUAAAAACUGAUGAGGCAUUAGCCAUGCAGCAGCAACAGCAGCGUUCACGUUCAGUACAGGAUUCCCAGCGUCCUGUAGACUCAGAUCGCAGACCAUCCGAAGACCAGCACAAUUCUGACAGAUUACAUUAUCCCGAAGUCCAUGAAUCUUACCCCUUCAUCCACAAAGAUGUCUUAUCAACACACAGUAGCCCCUAUUACCUUCCAUGCAGACAAGCACGGGACUCCCGCAGCAUGCCCCCCACACCCCAACUAACCCGCAGUGCCCACAGCAGCAUCCAGCUCAGAGCCGAGGAGGACUCUCCUCAGCACUUCCGCCAGCGAAGCGGCAGUCUAGAGUCUCAGUCACUCUUCUCAUCAGAAUGUGAUGGUCCGGAGCCCGUGUUUACCAUCGGCCCCACUGCUCGACGCAGCAACAGCACUGAGCUACUCGAUGACGGCUCAUCGCUCACCAGCCAGUCCAGCACAGAAUACUGCACCCACUCACGUGCCCGAAGCCGCUGCCUCAGGCAGAAGGGCAACGUCUACGGCAACACGGGCAGCAUGCCCAACUUGACUCAGCAGGAUUCCCAAUGCUACGCCUACCAGGAAACUACCAGGCCCACCACAAAUGCAUACUACGUCACUGGAUACCCCUGCCAGCAAGAUGUGUACACAAAUGGAAGGUAUGCAUAUGAAGAUGACACAGAGGGGCAAUAUAGUGUCAAUCCUUCAUACCAUACAAUGGCUUAUCACACACCCGAGCCAUACAGGGACUAUGGGCAUCACGAGAUGGACAUGAACCAGACUCUUUAUGCUACACUGAGGCAACCAAGACACCGGCCACCGUCAAGGAACGAAAGUGUGGCUAAGUCCAUGCAGAGGGCUGUGGUGACUGAGCACUUACAAGGCUGGUAUAACCGUAACGCAGCUCCAAAGCAGAUGAGCUAUGAUUAUGAAAGAGAAUCCCAGCACAACAUGUCAUACAGGAUGACACCAUCUCCUUAUGGUUAUAAUGAGCAUAGCAACUAUGCAUCAAUGCCCCCGUAUGCUGCAAAUGCAAGUAACUGGCGGGGUCACCUGAAUGUGGGCUUAUCAGAAUACAGCAUGGGUUUUCACCCACAGCACGCUUACAGCUACAACUCAAUGCCCCAGCCUCCACACAGCAGGUCGUACAUAGAUGUAAACCAAAUGGAUUCCCACCUCAGUAGCCCAGUGGACAGUUUUGACUCGGAAGAUCAGACACUUUACUGGCAUGAAGACUCCAAGCCUGGAACUAUAGUGUAGUUGGGAGCAAGCUCAUCCUCAUGCUCUUGUGUGCCUUUUUCUGAUCAGUUCCCUGCACUGUUUGAAUGACUGACACGUUUCAAGGACGUAAAAGCACCAGUAUUGUAAAGAACGCUACCAGACAAGAAAGGUGCACAACUGACUUCACUUGAAGUGGACCUGGUGCACAUUUAAUCAAAGAACAGCUUUCAAACAGGCUUUAAGGACCUCACUUUAAAAGAGCAACUUGUUUUCAUGUAUGUUGCUCCAGCACUUGUGUUCUAGGACUUGGAACUGCCCUGAGAAAUACCUGUUGUGAAAUGUUUUGAGGAUUUGUAAAUAUGUCAGCAAUUAGACCUCAAGAAGUGAUGUUCCAUCCAAGUAGCUCGGACUGUUCCUCCAAAACCACGGAAGAUUAUUGCAAUCAUAAAUCCGACGCAAACAAUAUAUAUGAAGGAUUGAACCCAGCUGGUUUCUGUCGUGUGAAGAAUCCCGCACGGAGCUUUCGCAGUCUGUUCUGGUUAACAGUACUUUCAAUGGUAAUCUAUAUAUUGCUACUGAAGUUCUCUAGAGGACAUGUCAUUUUUACUAAGAUUUUAUAUAGACAUUUGACUCAUAAGGGCUUUGAUUAUGACUCUGCAAAUAGCAGUUUAUUCAGUAUUGUGUUCCAGGGUUAGCUUUAGAUCUACUUGCUGAAUUAUUUACAGCAACCUUUCCAUUAUUUAAAAUACUCUGUUUUACUCUGUACACCCACUGUAUAUAUUUUAUUAGCGGUGGACUAAUCUGCAGAUUUUUGAGUUGCUGUUGAUGUGCUUGAUGAACACAGAUCAGCUACAAGCCAAGUUACUGAUGGCUAGCACAGAUCAUGUGUAUGUGAAUCAUGUCCUGAAGCCUUACAAAUGACUUUGCAUUGGCCUCUACUAGGUAUUGAAACUUUGAUACUUUAAUAUUUUGCUAUACAUACAGCCCAAACAUUUUUGUCAUACUAGAGUUUUGGGUUUUUUUCAAUUUUUUUGGCUUACUAAAGUCAUACAAAUUGUAUUCAAUAUUCCGACCGCUUUUAAUAAUGCUAGCAAAGACCUGCUGUAUGCCAUUCCUAUGGACUUUUAUGUAUAUGUGAAUUUUGUAUAUAGACUUUGUUACUUUUGUCAGUUUUAGAGAGAAUUUUCUAUGUUUUUGAAAAGCGUGUAAUAUAUAGUAAUCCAAUUUGUUAAGCUGGUUC